AAACUUCACAAAAUUUUAUAAUGGCGAUGGCAAUGCGUAGCCUAUUAAGGGGAGCAGCGAGACGUUUUCAGGUCCGCUCGUACGCCGCGCCUGUUAAAGAAGAACCUUUAAAAGAGGGUGAAAUGGCUCUCACAUUUGCUGCUGGCAAUAAGGUGUUCUACAAUAAGAAAGUUGUGAAACAGGUUGAUGUACCAUCUUUCAGUGGAGCCUUUGGUGUCUUACCUAAGCAUGUACCUACACUCGCUGUCCUCCGACCCGGCAUUGUGACCGUCACUGAGAAUGAUGGUAAACAGACCAAAAUCUUUGUUUCAUCUGGGACUAUUACGGUCAACGACGAUUCUACUGUUCAGGUGCUAGCUGAAGAAGCGCAUCCCCUGGAAAGCUUGGACCGUGGAGCAGCACAAGAGGCCCUUACCAAGGCACAACAAGAAUUAAACUCAGCUAAUAAUGAUAGGGCUAAGGCAGAGGCCGGGAUUGCAGUGGAGGUUGCAGAAGAGAUCGUGAAGGCCGCUUCUUAAUUCCACCAAUCGUUAGUCCAUAAAACUAUUUAAUUAUUAUAAACUUCUAUGAGUAAUAAAAUACCAUCUCCGUAGAGAAUUCUA